UUUCAAUUUAUGAGUGUUGAGUAACCUAUAAAGCAAAUUACAAGAUUCGAAAAUUAUUGAAAAUGAGGCAACUAAGGAAUUGGGCAAAAAUCGGUCGAGUUUACAAAAUAAACCAUAAAUCAUAUUUAUUUUCAAUUUUCCCGUUGAUAUACACAGUAAUGGGACAAUCAAGAGUUGUAAACGCAACAGAAAUGUAUAAUAAAUACGACGAUUAUGGUUUUCCUGUUCCCCGACAUUAUGAUUAUGAACUCCAUAAAAAAUACUUAUCAAAAAUAAAGAGGCGUCAACAAGAAUGGAACGAAUUAAACGAUCGUAAUAAAUACAAAAGAGGUUGCAGAUUAAAGCGUCGUAUUCGCAAAGGAAUUCCAUGGAAUGAACGUUCAACUACAUGGAUGAUUUUAUCUGGUGCUCAAGCACUUAAGAACAAAUCGACGCGUAGUUACGAAGAACUGAAGGCAGUGAUAAAUAAUACCGAUGUGAUUAAACAAUUAGAAAAAGAUGUGUUACGGUUAUUUCGUGAAAAUAUUUUCUUUAUGAAAGAGGGAGUUAUGCAAAAAAGGGUGUUCAACAUCUGCGGAGCAUUCGCUAACCAAAACGCAGAAAUCAAUUAUUGCCAAGGUUUAGAUCGCAUCGCCGCUUUAUUGCUAUUAUCUACCAAAGAUGAAGAGAUAAGCUUUUGGUUGUACAAAGCUUUAAUCGAAAACAUACUCCCUAACUAUUUCGGUGGCGGGCUAAGCGGUUUAUUAACAGAAAUUGCAGUUUUCUUAGACCUCCUCAGAUCAAAAGAACCCUCAUUGUAUCAACACUUUAAUGAUUUAGGACUUAAUUUGCACUCCAAGUUAUCACACUGGUUUCUUUGCUCCUACUCUGGAAUUUUGCCAGCCGAAACGGUUUUGAGAAUAUGGGACUGUUUAUUUUACGAAGGUUCAGUAGUACUAAUGCGAGUUGCUUUAACACUUAUUAGAAUGCACAAGAAUCAACUUUUACAAGUGAAUAAUGCGGAAGAACUUGUAAAAUGCUUACAAGAUAUUGAACAACAUCCACAAGUAUAUGAUUGUAAUUAUUUCAUAAAACUUAUUUAUAAUAUAUCAGGAUCAUUAACAAACAAACAAUUAAUAAAGUUACGUAUAAAACAUAUAAAUGCGAUUGAAGAAAUGUGUAAAUAUUGA